AUGGAAGAAAAUGGAACUGGCCAUGAUGCCAGGAUGGAACAAUCUCAUGAUUUAUUAGUAGUCAACUGUAAUAACACCGAAGAGACAGAAAGAGAUGCUCAGGUGUUUCAGCAUCUAACCUGCAUGGAUUCCAGGGAUCCUUCCUUUGGACAAAAUGAUUCUUCUGCAGUUUUGCCCAUCACAGUUGGUGUAGCAGAUAAUUCACCCCCAUCACAGCAUGUACCAGUCCAGCUGUCACAGCCACAGUCCCUUUCCACAGAGCAGUUCCAUCUAGUAGAUCAAAAUGGGCAUCCUCUUCAGUAUGAGCUUCAGUCAGUAGGGGAUUAUAAUACACAGAUGAUGAUUGUUACUAGUCCGUCAGAAAAUGGACAGGUGCUUCAUGUAAUUCCAUCCAGUCAGACAGGAAUGGCACAAGUUAUUAUUCCUCAGGGGCAGCUCCUCGAUGUGACCAGUCCUCAGGAUAUUUCAGAAGAGAAUACCACUGAUGGACACUUACAGACUGUAGCAGUGGCUGCUAUAGCAGAUAAUACCAGUAGUUAUAUUCUUCAUCCACAAGCAUCCCUCUCCUUGCCUAAAAAGACAGCAACUAGAAUAGCUGAUGACCCUUUUCCCGUCCCUCUGCAACCACUUCUUCCACACACUCCUACAUGGGCUCAUCGUCUACGGAACUGUCAGAAAAUUGGAGAUUCAUACCGUGGUUAUUGUGUGAGUGAGACAGAAUUAGAAAAUGUACUAACACUUCACAAGCAGCAGACGAAGACUAUAUGGGGGACACGCCAAUCUCCAAGCCCAGCAAAACCUGCUACACGCUUAAUGUGGAAAUCCCAGUAUGUUCCAUAUGAUGGAAUCCCUUUUGUCAAUGCAGGGAGCAGAGCCAUAGUGAUGGAAUGUCAGUUUGGGCCAAGGAGGAAAGGUUUCCAGGCCAAAAAAAAUGGAGAGCAGGAAAGCACCUCCUCCUGUCAGCUCUACAAAGCCACUUGUCCAGCACGGAUUUACAUUAAAAAGGUACAAAAAUUUCCUGAGUAUAGAGUUUCUACUGACCCCAAAAUUGAUAAGAGAAUCAUCAGAAUGGAGCAGGAGAAAGCCUUUAACAUGCUGAAGAAGAAUCUGAUAGAUGCUGGAGGAGUUAUCAGGUGGUAUGUACAGUUGCCCACUCGAAAGGCUCAUCAGUAUCAUGAACUGCAGAAACCUUGUCUCAUUCCUUCUCCUUCCCCUCUCCUUGUGUCUUCACUUGAGAAUGAGGAAGAUACAGUUCAGGAUGAGAACUGUACAUUGUCCUCACGUCUACAUCCACAAGUAGCAGAUAAGAUCAGAGAACUGGUAUCUCAGGGAAUAGAACAAGUCUAUGCAGUGAGGAAACAACUAAGAAAAUUUGUAGAGAGGGAAUUGUUCAAGCCUGAUGAGAUACCUGAAAGACAUAAUUUAUCUUUUUUCCCAACUGUGAAUGACAUAAAAAAUCACAUUCAUGAGGUACAGAAGUCCUUGAGAAAUGGGGAGAUGGUGUAUAAUUCAGAAACUCCUCCAGCUACGUUCCAGUGGACCACAGACAGUGGGAACAUUCUCACAGAGACUGUAACAGUUACAUUUGCAUCGCCAUCCACUGAGGGAAGCUCACCAGGAGAAUCGAUUAUCACUAAAGUGGAAGCAAAUCAGACAGGGGAGUCUUUGUCUCCAGAGACAGCCCACUUGCUCUCUUCACUCUCUUCACUUCAGCCCAAAAUAUUUGCACAGUUGCAGGGUUUACAGUUACAACCAGCAUUCACCUCUGCUGAUGGAGCAGCUGCUUUGAUAUCAGUAAAUAGCCACUCUCAUUCUACUUGUGCAAAUCUUCUGGAUUCAGUAGGAAGUGCUGUCAUGAACCAUUCUCUUGUGUUCACUCAAGGACAUAACCUUCAAGCAGGAGCCUGCCUGACACAGAAUCAUCCUGCUUCCUCUACACUCAGUAGCCUUCCAGGGCCAGAUCAGAACCUUGUUACAAUGGGCCAACUGGUAGCAGUUGGAGGUGUUGAGGAUACAGGAAGCCUGGAAGGAAGUGUUCAUCAGAUUUUUUUGGGAGAUGUACAAACCAUUCCGAUCAGGAUUGUGAACAGCCACCCAACUCUUAUAGAAGAAAAUCUACAAGGUACUAUUUCUGUGAGUCAAGUUAAAGAAGAGCCCAGGGAACCGACAUUAUCUGAGCAAGUAAAUAAUAUCCUGGACAGAAAUACCUCAUCCAUGGUUUAGGUUUCUCAAGACUUUUAAAGACUUAAAAUUUUGAAAAAUUCAACUCUCUUAGAAAUGAAAGUAGGUGGUGUCAAAAUGGCGCCAUUCUUCACAGUGGCAUUGUAAAGAGUAUGUUAUAGAAUAGUUCUAAUGAAUACUGAUAAUGAUUUGUGCCAAUUCAGAGUCAUUAUGUUACCUCAUAAAAGAGUUUCUCUUCUCAGUCUUGGAUAGAUCUGCUCUUUCUAAAUUCUUAUUUAAUCAGUAUUUUAAAAAGUAGGCUAAAAUGAAUGACUUGCAAAGGUUUGGUGCCAAUGUAAAUAUUUCUCCUACUCAUCUCAUAGAAAGUCUCAUCUGAUUUUGGUGCUUUGUGGCUGACAAAAACAUGCUCUUACAUACAUCAGUGAUAUAACAGGCUUUUUUUCUUUUUCU